AUGUGGCAUUACUCGAAGAUUUCCUUAGAAGACUUUGAAAAACAUGCUAUUCGCUAUUCCAAAAAUUAUAUAUUAACUGGUGCAAAUGGAAGAACGAUUUUGAUGUCUCCGAUUUUGAUGAAGAGUCUUGAUUUAAAACUAGGAGACAAGAUUCAUAUUGAAGAGAUUCCUCCACUACCAGUGCUUCAAUCAGUAACACUGUCCGUUUCUUGUUUCAAGGAUCUAUCAGAUGUGCAAUUACAUGAAACAGUAGUCACCGGCAUCCUACGAAUGUACCAUGCAAAUAAAGCAAUCACAUCAACCUCACGCAUUUUGCUUUCUUGUCUACGUAGUGUGCUACAAGCAGAUGUGACAGAUUGUUCUCCUGACCAAGGAAUAUUAUCUGAGGAAACAAAAAUAUUACUGGAUUUGAAAAAUGAAGAAAGGGUUCCUAGUCAUGCCGCACAAUUGAAACAAGCAAGCAAUAUUCUGCUCUCCAUCAAAUACACACUUAAUAUGAAAUCAGUCAGUAGCAAAUUGCUCUUCACAAACGGAGUCAUUGUUUGUGGAGGUACUGGAAGCGGAAAAACAACCAUUCUACACAAUAUCGUGGAUGAAUUAAACCGUUUAUCCCCUGAUUCAGCUGUGUAUGUAUCAUCGAAUAACUUGCCUUCAUUAGAAUGGAAAAAGUAUCGUGUGGUGUGUAUAGAUGAUGCACGUUGGGAUAGUGAUUCCCUGAAGUUGUACUCAGAAGCUUUGUCAAGACACAUUAUUUUGGUAGCAAGUGUUUCUCGUAUAUCCUCUGUCCCUGAAUUGUAUAAAAAGAACGAUUAUUUUAGGGAUAUUGUAAUGUUAAAGUUUCCAUCAGAGGAAGAACGCAGAGAACUGCUGGAGGCAAUCGAACUUCCUUCUAUGUCCGUUGAUAAACUGAUUCAACUAACAUCCGGUUAUUCGUAUAAAGAUAUCCAAAACCUGCUCAAAGAACUUUUGAUAAAAGCUUCAAAAUGUCCACUCUGUGAAGACAACAUUGUUGAUGUGCUUCGAAGAUUUCGUCCUAGAUCCUAUAUUGGUUUCUCUAUUCAAUAUCCGACAGUUGGCCAAGAUUGUAUGGGUGGAUAUAAACGAGAAGCAAAGCAAUUGAAGGAUAUCAUAUCCUUCGCAAUGGAUCCAGUCCAAAAUAAGGUAAGUCUCACAAUGGAUGCAAUAUAUGAUGAUGAUAAUCGAAUAGAACUUUUCAAAUCGACCUAUCGAUCAUAUUCUGAUCUAUGGCCCACCAAAAUGCGAGUGUUCCAUGAAUUGAAGUUGAGAUACAUAUACGUGGAUUCAACAGCAUUAUUGAGUCGCUAUUUUUCGGAAACAGAAUCGAAGAUACGGCAGAUAUUUGCAUUUGCAAGAACCGUUUCACCUUCAGCGAUUGUUUUUGAUGGUCUGGAUGGGAUUGUUGGUAAACGAAGUCUGAAUGGAGGCGAAUCCGAUGGAGGUUUGAAUGAACGAAUCAUAACCACAUUGUUAACCGAAUUAGAUGGAGUGGAGAUUUCAAAUUCGAGAAUGGUAGUAAUCGAUUUGAUGAGCAUUGUUAACCAUAAGAAGACCCAGUAG